AUGUCCUCUAAUUCUAUUCUCAAAAAAAAUUUAACGUUCUUGGACUUUCUUAAUACCACCCAGUCCGGAACUGCACAUAGUUCGGUUGGGCUUUCCCUAGAAUCGUUUCUAUCUUCUUUAGUUUUCUCCAUCAUCUACUGUCUUCUUCAAAUCCUAGUAUUUACCUACCUAAGAAAGAAAUACAAAGAUUUCUACGAUCCUUUUCACAAGAUCUCUUCGGGUAUGUUCACUAGCAAUUUCGAAUGGUUGAAGUUGUUGGGCUCUCUAGAUAUAGAGUCCUUUCGUUUGUAUGGUUUGGAAGCAUACUUCUUUCUAAGAUUUUUAUAUGUUUUACUUUUCUUAUUUUUAACCAUUACUUGUGUUACAAUUCCCAUUUUAGUUCCUAUAAAUUUCCUUUGCGGUGCAAACGAGCAUGAAAGAACAUUCAUUUCAGAACCUGAUGACCCAUCUGCUACAACCAAUGAGGAUGUCAUGCAGGGAGCUUCAAAGGGAUUGGAUCUAAUUUCCACCUCCAACAUUUCUCCAAGGCAUACUGACAAAUAUAUUUUCCAGUUUCUUCUUACAAUUCUUAUAGUGACUUGGUUUCAUAUCAUUUUGAACAGUGAAAUCGAGAAAUGUAUUGGGGAGAAAAAUUUAGAGUUGGUUAAGACCGCCAGAGAUCCUCGACAGAAGCAUAAACUUACCGUCAUUCAUGUAGACAACAUUCCAUCAAGACAAUUUAAAACAAUUGGUGACUUGAGACAUUUUCUUGGUAAAGUACCUGGAGGAACAGUCACAAAUAUAUGGAACAUUUAUGAUUACAGGCAUCUCGACUCGUUGGUUAAUAAAUUCAAGAGACAGAGAACUCAAUUGGAGGAGUUUGAACUUGAAGUUAUUAAAAGGGCUAAUAACGCUGCUACUGGCUCUAAACAUGCUCUCCUGGAUAAGCCGAUAAUCCUUAGUAAAGAUCCGGAAUGGUCGAUUUCCAUUCCAGGAUUAUGCGAUAGGGUGGAUACAUUUGAGUAUCUUACAGAUAGUUUAAACAGGACCAGGAAGAUGAUACAGGAAAUACAAAGGAGUAUCUUCUCCUUGGAAAAGGAUAAAGGUGAGCAGUUACCUUGUGGUUGUAAGGUUUUUGUUAGAUUUUCAAAUGCUCAUACUGCAUCUAUCAUGCACCAAAUGCUUUUGAGUGAAGAGAUGGAAGUGAUGAACUGCAUAUUGUUUUUGACAGACCCCCAUGAUAUAAUCUGGGACAACCUAAUGAACAAGAACCAAACAAAAGUAGCUUUAAAAAUCAAGGAAGCCCUCAUUUUCAUGAUCUAUAUCUUGUUAAUUUUGUGCUGGGUGGUUCCAGUGGCUAUGGUAGGAUCUAUUUCUCAGCUUCCUUACUUAACAGCGUUAAUACCAACCAUUAGCUGGCUCAACAAACUUCCAAACUUCAUCAAGGGUUUCAUUGCAGGUAUCUUGCCCACCGUGAUCCUUACGUUUCUAACCGGAUUCGCCAUGCAAGCUUUUCAGUUCUUGAGUUACAGAAUCAACCAGUUAACUGGCGCAAAUAACGAGAUCCACCUUCAGCAGUGGAUUUUCAUCUUUCUCUACUUCCAUCUUUUCAUUGUCAUUACCAUUUCUUCUGGUUUUAUAGUGGUUUUAGAGAACAUUAUCUAUAAUCCUACCUCUGUUCCUUCCCUGAUUGCCAAGGAUCUUCCCAAAGCCUCCAAUUUCUUCUUCUCGUUCUUCAUUUACAAAGGGUUGAAUCUUUUCGGUAAUACGCUGUUACAGUUCUAUCGCUUCACCACCGAGGUUCUCGUUUAUCCCCGAAUAUAUGACAAAACCCCUCGGCAAUUGCGACAAAGAAAACAAAAGUGUCAGACUUUCAAACCUUGCUGGGGUCUGAUGUAUCCUACUUUUUCCGUUUAUGGAAGUAUAGGACUAGUGUAUUCUGUGAUCUCGCCAUUGGUUCUUCUCUUCUGUUGCAUCAACUUCCUUAUGGAUCUUUUCACCUACAAGUAUCUGCUGGUCUACGUGUUCGAUAAAGAAAACCAUUCAGAAACGUACGGAAAGCUCUAUCCAAUGGCAUGGAGACAGCUUUACGCCGGAAUAUAUAGCUUGGAGAUUUUUGUAAUGGGACUUCUCUUCGUUGUCACGGACGAAAAUGGGAACAACACUUGCCUGGUGCUAGGAGCACUUCUGAUAGUGAUUAUAUGUUUAACCAUCUGGGCACACAUGUCUGUCAACAACAAAUACAACAGAGGCAUCAAUAGCAUUCCCUACAAUAUUCUAAAGGAAAUGGGAAGAAUUGAUGGACGACCAACAUCUUCCUUAGCGUCACCGACAGGAAUGGCUGUUCGUAAGCAAUUCCUCCAUCCAUGCUUCAGCUUUGAUCCAAGCCAGGAAAGUAUCUGGUUACCCAAUGAUCCAAUGAAGGUAUGCGAAAGUGAACGUACUCACUUGGAGGCGUGCGGGUUCAAAGUGUUGUUAAGAGGCUGCACCCUGGAUACCAAAGGGCUGCUAAAUUUAGACUGA